AUGGCAGAUCUCGAGUUGUUUUACUUUGAUCAGCCUGAUCCGAGAGACACCUCCGUGGUUUUAAAUGAGCAAAGCAUCAACGAGAGCAGCUGCAGCGGCGGAAAGUCACUUCAUCCCGGCGGAGGAGCGGGUUCAGCACCAUGGACAGAGACCCGGAGAGCUGCGUGGAUGGGGUUGGAAACAGAAACAUCUUUCACCUGCAAGCACAAAGAUGAAGAAAAUUCUGAUGAUGAUGUCCAGUUGAUAGGAAGUCCACAAACCUGCAGACUGAGCCAGAGCUCCUCAAGUGAACUGUACGAGGAGGAAGAGGAGGUGGUGGAGGAGGAGGAGGACAUCCCGGAACUUUACCUGCUGUCCGACGACGACCUCUCCUCUGAGAGCUCGGAAAAGUCUGUGGAUUACGGCUUUAUCAUCGCCGUGACGUGCCUGGUGACUGGCAUCUCUUUGGUUGCCAUUUCCUAUACGGUCCCCAGGGACGUCCGCGUGGACCCAGACAGCGUGCCCGCCCGGGAGAUGGAGCGGCUGGAGAGGGAGAAAGCCAGGGUGGGGGCCCAUCUGGACCGGUGUGUCAUAGCGGGACUGUGCCUGCUCACCCUCGGGGGCGUGCUGCUCUCCACGCUGCUCAUGAUCUCUAUGUGGAAAGGGGAGAUGAUGAGGAGGAAAGCCUUUGCCUAUUCCAAACAUGCAGCAAAGUUGUAUGGCUCGAUCAAUUUGAGGGCAGGCUCCAGCCCGACUCGGGAUUCCUGCUCACAUCUGUCAGUGGGUGAUGAGGAUUUAGAAGUGCUGAGCUGA